AUGGGAGGCAAGGAGACUAAUUUCGCUUUCCAACACAAAGCUCGGUGGGACAAUGACUACAAGGAAAUUACCCUCUUCGACAAGAGCCACGACGGAGGAGCACUGGAAAUCGCUCACCCCGGAGGCAUUCGACUCCGUGUCGACCAACUCUUCAUGACGGUCAAGGUCAUCAUCGAGUAUAAAAACCCAACUCACGUUCCCGCUGUGUCGCAAAGCCCGAUGUGA